ACCAACUCUGUAGUUCCCUCUGCGCUGUCCUGUGCUUCUCCCCCCUUCAUCUCGUCGGUCCUCUUCUCUACAGUGGAUUCAUGCUCAGCUCUCGCCCUCCUCGGUCGCCAUGCAGAAUAACCACCAUAAGGAACAUCUCUAUAAGAUUCUUGUGAUAGGGGACCUCGGGGUCGGCAAGACCAGCAUCAUCAAGCGUUAUGUCCACCACAACUUCAGCCCCAAUUACCGAGCCACCAUCGGGGUGGACUUCGCUCUCAAAGUCCUCAACUGGGACCAGGAGACGGUGCGCCUACAGCUGUGGGACAUUGCAGGUCAGGAAAGGUUUGGCAACAUGACUCGUGUAUACUACCGCGAGGCCAUGGGUGCCUUCAUUGUGUUUGAUGUCACAAGGCCCGCCUCCUUUGAGGCCGUCACCAAAUGGAAGGAGGACUUGGAUUCCAAACUGACACUUGCCAAUGGGAAACAUGUAUCCACUGUGCUUUUGGCUAAUAAAUGUGACCAGGGUCGAGAUGUACUGACCAAUAAUGGAAUAAAGAUGGAGCAAUUCUGUCAGGAGAACGGCUUUGUGGGAUGGUACGAGACAUCUGCUAAGGAAAACAUCAACAUCGAUGAAGCAGCCAACUGCCUGGUGAAACACAUCAUUGCCAGUGAGAAAGACAUGCUCCAAUCCGAAGUCCCCGACACCAUCACCCCCCAGUUAGAGAAGGACAAAGGCGGGACAUGCUCCUCCUGCUUCAGAGCUCAGUAACAGCUUCUGACAGUUGGAUGUCCUUUUGUAUCUCAUUACACAAAGUCAAGUUUGUCUGUGAGCAAGUGAACUACUUUUGCUGUUUUUUUUUAGUUUGUUUGUUUUGUUUUGUUUUGUUUUAGUUUUUUGAGGAAGAAGGUAUGGGUGCCAACUCUUUUCCUCUCUAUGAUAGCUCUGGGGAUGGGUGGUGGGUGUGUGUUUGUGUGUGGGGUGGUGGUGGUGGAUGGCGAUGACAGAGAGGCAGCUGGCUCAAGAAAUGGAUGGAUUGAAUCUGAGAGAGAAAGAGAGAAAAGGGAGAUAGAUGCAGCUGAGUGUGCUUGUAAAAGGCAAGGUCACCCUCUGGGCAACGUCAAGCUUUGACACUGCCACUUCGGUUACCAUGGAGACACAGGUAAUGAACACAUGCACAGAAAGACUGCAGCAAGUCACAGUAUGUCUGUGCUAAAAGUCAGCAGAGGUAAUCUCUGUUUACAAACCACAGUAGUUGCCUUUGUUUCUCCCUCCCUCUCCCUCUCUUUCUUGCUUCAUCCCUUCGCCUCUCUUCUUUUCUUGCAGUCUCUUGCCCACUCUUUUUUUCCUCCUCACCCCUCCUUGAUAGCAUUUUUAGUUUUUCGCAUGUCAUCCUGAGCUAAUGAGCAGAAAAAAAAGCUCAACCUCAGUCCUGAUAACACUACAGUCACAUUAUAUCCUGGUUUCAUUUUAUUUUACAUGGUCAUUUUUAUAACACUAUCCUUUGGGGCCAGUCCUUUUCUGUCCUUCUUUAUGUACACCUGGUGGCUCCAAUAAUGUAAUGUACAGCAGGUUAUACUGAUGUAAUUAAAGUGCCUUUUCUAAUACAGCCCAUUUUAUGUAAUGCCUCCAAUAGAUAUAUUCACUAUAUAUUUAAUUUAUAAGUGCACUUAAAAGGUACAUGUAUGAUGACUUUCAUCACUGAGGUAGAGUUCAGCUCAUUUCCACGGCAACAUAUUCAAGUUCUCUGACAAACGUGUGUAUUAAGGAAAGUCAUGUUAAAGCAAGGAUAAUGUCUAUUUUUGUUUUCCAUUUUAAUUGGAUGGUUUUAUAUUAAAUUUCUAUUCCACUGUUCAAUAUUUGUAACAUUUGUAAUGUGGCAUAAAUGCAGAUAUAUAUACAAACAUGUACAUAUUAUAUACAAUUUAAUAAAACUGGUUGUAGAACCAAAGAUGUAUCCAGUUUUCAACAUGUUCAUAUGAAUAAACCACAGCUUUACUGACCUACA